AUGAAAUAUUGUAUUUUUGUUUUUUUUAUAAUGCUAUCAAUAAAUAUAAGGGAAUACAAAAAUUAUAAUUUAAAUAUUAAAAUAAAACCUUUUACAAAUAAAAUAUAUAUGUCUAGUCGAGUACAGCUUAAAUCAACAAAAUUGCAGCAUCGAAAAAGACCGAGAAAAAAAAAAAAAUCAGAAAUAUAUAGAACCCCUGUUUUAUAUCAUCCUAAUCAAAAAGAUUAUUUUAAUUUGCAAAGUGAAUAUAUAUGUUUACCUGAUGUUGAAAUAUUAAAUUUAUUAUCAAAAAAUAAAUUACACGAAUUAAUAAAUGCCAUUAAAAAUAAAGAUAAUAACCAAAUUAAUAACAUCCUUUAUAAGGAUAUAAAUAAUAUAUAUAUAGAUCCAAGAUAUAUUUAUUAUCAUCCAAGCUUUGUUAAUAAUGACGACCCAAACCAACUGCUGAGUCGUGAAAAGAAUUCUAUUUUAAAAGAUACCAAUUUUGACAAAAAUUAUGUUAUAGAUGCAGAAAAUGAAAAAAAUAACCAAUUUGUAGAUGUAAAUAAUAUUUAUUUUUAUUUUAAAAAAGUUAACAUUACGAAUAUAAAUAAAGAUAAUAUAAAUGAUGAUAUAUAUAAAGAAUUAAAAGAGUUAAAAAAAAUAUCAAUGGAAAAAGGAGAUCCAAUUGGCUAUAAUAUAUAUAAAUAUUUUCUAAAUCUUAUAACUAAUGUAGAUAGAUUCAAAUAUAUAGACAACUUUUUUUUAGUUGACUAUAUAAAUAAUAUAUGGGCAAGUAAAAAUGUUCAUAAAUAUUUUUAUUUUUUAAAUUCGUUAUAUGAUAGAAUGAAAAAAAUAUCAUAUAAAUUAUUUAAUCUUAAUUAUAAAAUUGAUCAAAUUGAUCAUAAUGAUGAAAAAAAUAAAAUGGUGUAUUUUGAAAGACAUGAAUUAUUUAACAAAGUCAUAAAAAAAACAAAAUUUAUACCAAAUUAUAUUUUAAAACAUAAUUAUAUUUAUUCUAAUAAUAUUCUAAAUUUAUAUCAAUAUGAUAUAACAUCAAAUUCUUUUGUUAAUAAAUUUGAAUCAACUUAUACUCCAGUUUUAUUAACAGAUUUUCUAGAUCCUGAAAAAAAAAAAAAUUUAAAUAUUUAUUACAAUUUAAAUGCCUUUGAUUCAUAUAAAACUUAUUCACACACAUAUCCAAGAAACAAUCAGCUCAAGCAGGUUAUGCAAAUCACUUAUGGUGAAGGCACCCCUCAAAGUGGAAAAAAUGAUACAAGUUACUCUGUUCAUGCAAAUGAUGACCCUGUUCAUGUAAAUGAUGACUCUGUUCAUGUAAAUGAUGACUCUGUUCAUGUAAAUGAUGACUCUGUUCAUGCAAAUGAUGACUCUGUUCAUGUAAAUGAUGACCCUGUUCAUGCAAAAAAUAGGAACAGUUCGAAUCAAGGCAAACAAAAUAACGAACAAAAUAACGAACUUGACAAUCGUAGUAGUUGGGUAGAUCGAAUAAAAAAGGAUAAAAAAAUAAAAUAUGAAAUUUUAGAAAAAAUAUCAGAAAAAAUGUACAGCGAGUUUCUUGAAAUGAACAUAAUUGAUAACCAAAAUAAAAUAGAUUUAAAUAAAAUUAAUGAUAUUAAAAAUGAUAAAAAUAGUUUAUUAUAUAAGAAGGUAUAUGCUAUGAGAGAUUAUUUUUAUAAUUUAAUUUAUGAUAAUUAUAAACCUAAUUUAGAUAUAUAUGAGUUAGAAACAUUUAUAGAUGCUGAAUAUAGAACCUAUUCAUAUAAAAAAGAUUUAGAUGUCCUUUUCAAAAAUUGGGUAUUGAAUGAAAAUAAACAAUUACCAACUAUACAAUUUGCUAAAAAAGAUGUCGAAUUAGCAAAGACAAGGCUUAUGUCAAAAAGAAAAAGAAAAAUUAUAGAAUUUGACCAACUUGUAUAUGAACGACAUUCCAAACGUCAAAAUGAUACUAGCCAAAAUGGAAAAAAUAAUGACAAUUGCCAAAAUGGAAAAAAUAAUGGCAAUUGCCAAGAUAAGGUUAUUAAAAAAUCAAUUAACUGCUUAAUAAAAUGGAAUGUGAGAAGCGAAAAUGACUCAACAAAAAAAAAGCCAAACGAGGAUGAAAACGAAGAAGAUGAAAACGAGGAAGAUGAAAACGAAGAAGAUGAUGAUGGUGAAGAUUAUGAUGGUGAUUAUGAUGAUGAAAAUUAUGAUGAAAAUUAUGAUGACGAUAUAAAGUCACAUGGAUUUUGUGACGAAGAGCUAGAAGGACAUGAAAACGAUUCCAAAACUCCAUUUUGUAAUAUGAAAUUUGGAAAAUUAGUAAUUUAUGAUAAUAAUUAUAAUAAUAAAAAAUUUGUGGAAACCCUGAUGACAUAUAUACCAACAUGUGAUUAUCAACGAGCCAAUGAAAUUUAUAAUUCUUUAAAAAUAAAGGGUAAAAAUGAUACAUUAUAUUUUAAAAAUUAUGAAAGAGCUGAAAAUAUUGCUUUUCUUUUACGGCAAUCCCCCGAAAAAAUUAUAGCUGAUGUGGAAUUUUUAUAA